UUGUAAGUACCUAUUUGAAGCCAAUUGAGUAUCUCUGCCAUCGCAAUUGCCGUUUUUCGUACUCUUCUAGCGUCUCUCUCACAUCUGCCCCUCCAUAGAUUUUCCCGCCCACCCCUCAUCUUUUUCACUCCACUAUUUAGAUUGGGCCAAAUCUACACAGAGAUUAAUUUUCCACAUCUUUCUUUUUCCCGAUCCCAGCGUAUUGCCUUACUCCAAACACAGACAAUGUCCGAUUUCUCCGUCCAGACCAUUGCCACCACGGCCUUCACAGACCAAAAGCCUGGAACCUCUGGUCUCAGAAAGAAAGUUACUGUGUUUCAACAGCCUCACUACACUGAAAACUUCAUUCAGGCUAUUCUCGAUGCCAUUCCGGAAGGUGCCCAAGGUGCCACUCUUGUUGUAGGAGGUGAUGGCCGUUUCUACAACGACAAGGUCAUCAACUUGAUCGCCAAAAUCGCCUCGGCCAACGGAGUUUCCAAGUUGAUUUUGGGUCAAGACGGGAUUCUUUCCACUCCAGCAACUUCGCAUGUAAUCAGGAUCAGGGGUGCAACUGGAGGAAUUAUUCUCACUGCUUCACACAACCCCGGAGGCCCCAAAAACGAUUUGGGUAUUAAGUACAACUUGGGAAACGGUGCACCAGCUCCAGAAUCGGUUACCAACAAGAUCUAUGAUGUCUCCAAGGAAUUGACUUCGUACAAGCUCAUUGAUUUACCCGACAUUGAUUUGUCCAAAACCCAGACCGUGCAAUUGGGCCCUCUUGAAGUGGAAAUCAUUGACUCCACCUCUGAUUACGUAGCCAUGUUGAAGGAUAUCUUUGACUUCCCCUUGAUCAAGUCGUUCCUCGAGACUGCCACUAAGGAGCAGGGAUUCAAGGUUUUAUUUGAUUCGCUCAAUGGUGUCACUGGCCCCUACGGCUACAAGAUCUUCGUUGAAGAAUUAGGAUUGCCUCUUAACUCAAUCCAAAAUUACCACCCAUUGCCUGACUUUGGUGGUUUACACCCAGAUCCAAACUUGACCUAUGCUCAUACUUUGGUCGAGAGGGUCGAUAAGGAGAAUAUUGCCUUUGGUGCUGCAUCUGAUGGUGACGGUGACAGAAACAUGAUCUACGGUGCUGGUACCUUUGUUUCGCCUGGUGACUCUGUAGCCAUCAUCUCGGAAUACGCCGAUUCCAUCCCUUACUUCAAGAAGCAAGGUGUCUACGGUUUGGCCAGAUCCAUGCCUACCUCUGGAGCCAUCGAUUUGGUAGCAAAGGCUAAAGGAUUGAAUGUUUACGAAGUGCCAACCGGUUGGAAGUUCUUCUGCAACCUUUUCGACGCUGACAAGUUGAGUAUCUGUGGUGAAGAGUCGUUUGGAACAGGCUCCAACCACAUCAGAGAAAAGGACGGCCUUUGGGCUGUAGUUGCCUGGUUGAACGUGCUAGCAGAUUACAACGUCAAGAAUCCAGAAUCCAAGACAUCUAUUUCUGUAGUGCAGAACUCGUUUUGGAAGAAAUACGGAAGAACUUUCUUCACUAGAUAUGACUACGAAAACGUAUCGUCUGAAGGUGCUGCCGAGCUCAUCAACUUGUUGUCUUCUAUUGUUGACUCUAAGAAACCAGGAAGUAGCUUAGCUGAUGGCUACGUCGUCAAGGAAGCUGCUAACUUCUCGUACACCGAUUUGGACGGCUCUGUUUCGUCCAACCAAGGUUUGUUCAUCAAGUUUGAAAGCGGCUUGAGAUUCAUAGUAAGAUUGUCUGGUACUGGAUCAUCCGGUGCUACAGUCAGAUUAUAUCUCGAAAAGCACUCUGCCGACGAAUCCACCUAUGGCUUAGGCGUAGACCAGUACUUAGUUGAUGACAUCAAGUUUGUCUUGGACUUGUUGAAGUUCAAGCAGUUCUUGGGAAAGGAUGAACCAGAUGUUCGUACCUAGACCGAGAUUUAAUCUCUAGACUUGCCUAAUUCUGACUACUUAGUCGGCUUUGUUCGAGUUUGCCUACUCAGUUAUAGCCUCUUACUUACUCGUUGCGAUAAAUACACAUACAUUCACAAUAUUAAAACAGGUGGUAACUUUUCAAGUCGGUUAUAUUAAUAUACAAGGAAAAUAAAUAUAUAUAUAUAGAACAUUAUAUCAGCAAUUCGUAACAUAAAAAUUAGGGAAGCAUUAUUUCAACUUAAAAUUAAACUUUAAUUUGAAUUUGAAUAUCAAUCAAACGUCGAUACAAGUCAGAUGUCAACAUAAAUUAUAACACUAAGACUUUAGCAUCUGUCCUUCGAAAAGCAUUCUUGCUUAGUAUCUUGCCUUUUUUGGGUCGCUGCCGUAUUCGUCAUCGUUAUCUCUCUUUAAAGAAGGCAACACGAUGCUAUUAGAUGCGGAGGCUGUAGGUUCAGUCAACGAUCUAAUAGCAGGCAACACGGUAGCACUCUGUUGAUGGUGGAUAGGCUGUAUAUCACCAAAUCUGUUGAUUCCCGACAGAAGACUAGUGGCCGGAGGAAGGGUGAUACCAGCGGCUGGCACAUGUACAGGAGCCUGUGUUUGCACUGGAGCAGAUGUCUGAGAAAUUGGAACUGCAGGUGCUUGUGGUGCCGUAAAGUUGGAUUGAGGUGUUGGUACAGAUGAAUGUUGAUGAGUCGUUGCAGGUACUUCAGAAGUAGUUGCCUGUGGGGCAGUUGAAGGGGCAGCAGAAGCAGCAACAGGCUGAGCAGUUUCGGUAGCAGCAGGUGGAGCGUUUCUCAAGGUUAGCACUUCGUCCAAUCUCUUUUUCAUAGAGCUUUCUCUGAGUCUCGCAGCCUGUUCCAUAGCUUCUAACUCCAUAAUUCUGGUACGGUACAAAUCGUUCACCAACUCCAACUCGGAUAUUCUUGUUUUCAACAAC